UGCUGCCCAGCUCGGCGCCCAGCUCCCCCGGCCGGGGCGCGCAGAAUCCCCGAGGAUCCUUCCGCGGCGCAGGCUUUCCCCCCCGCGGGGGAAUCUCCUGGCGGCCCCUCGCCCUUCUCUUUGUGUGCGUUUUUUGUGUGUCUUGUGACUCCGGUGUGGCUUUGUCUCCUUCCUCCCUCGUUUUCUCCUCCUUGUCGCCGUCUGUCUUUUGAGAAAGGAGCGCCUUGUCUGUCUCCUUCGCCUCUCUCUCUCCCCACCCCCCGAUUCCCCCCUUGUGCUGCUGCUGCCGCUGCUGUUGUGUGUGUCUCGUUGGCCGGGAGUGAUGUUGCACGUGGAGAUGUUGACGCUGCUCUUUCUGGUGCUCUGGAUGUGCGUCUUCUGCCAGGAUCCCAGCUCCAAGACGGUGGCCGACCGCUACGCCGUCUACUGGAACAGCACCAACCCCAGAUUCCAGCGGGGUGACUACCAUAUUGAUGUCUGCAUCAAUGACUAUUUGGAUGUAUUCUGUCCUCAUUAUGAAGAUUCAGUGUCAGAAGACAAGACUGAGCGCUACAUCCUUUACAUGGUGAACUUUGAUGGCUACAGUUCCUGUGAUCACACUUCCAAAGGAUUCAAGAGGUGGGAGUGCAAUCGGCCUCACUCUCCGAAUGGACCAUUGAAGUUCUCAGAAAAAUUCCAACUCUUCACUCCCUUCUCAUUAGGAUUUGAGUUCAGGCCAGGCCGGGAAUAUUUCUACAUCUCAUCUGCAAUCCCUGAUAAUGGGAGGAGGUCCUGUCUAAAGCUGAAAGUCUUUGUACGGCCUGCAAACAACUGUAUGAAAACUAUAGGUGUUCAUGACCGUGUUUUCGAUGUUAACGACAAAGUAGAAAAUUCAUUAGAACCAGCAGAUGAUACCGUACAUGAGUCUGCUGAGCCGUCCCGUGGUGAGAACGCAGCACAGAGACCGAGGAUAUCCAGUCGGCUUUUGGCAACUCUCCUGUUCCUCCUGGCAAUGCUUUUGACGUUAUAGCACAUAUUAUAGUAAUCUGUCACAGACAACGUCAGGGUCUUGGAACAUCAAAGAUCCGCUUACUUGCUCAUCCCAAGAACGGGACAUUAUAUUGGUUUUUGCUGAUGUUGGUUUGUUUCCCUUCCCCAAUCUCCUCCCCUUCUUCCUCUGCAACCUGAACUGUGAGCAAAAAUUGAAGAGGCAUAACUAGCCCUCUUGCCACUCCCAAUCUUCCCCUUGGCUUUCCUUGACCCCUUCUAAAAUAAAAGGACUCCAAAUGAAAAUGCCAAAUUUCAAUAUUGACACUAGUGAUUCUUACGUUCUCUGCAGCCUCUCUUAAGAUAACACCUCGGUUAGCUCUCUGGGCCCACCUGUAUGUGAGAAGGAAGAAUAGUAGCAGGUGCAGUCAGUUGGAAGAUAAGGAACUUGUUUGGAAAACCAAGAGGAGUCUUUACUCACUCCAAUACAAUAUUUAUGUCUCCUCGUUCAGCGCUGUAAGACGAUCAUGCAAGGCACUGUAUCACCGUGUCAGGACUGGAGGGGAGAUACUGAGAACAGAUAUAGUGUAACGCUAUUCCCUCCAGGAAUUUAUCAAUGAACAGGCUUUUUCAUAGGGAAGAGAUACUGUUUUGUAUGCAACUGCCUUGAAAGAUCAUUCACAGUAGAACUUAUGCUCCACAACAGACACUCUUGUCAUCAGGGGAGAAGAAAGUGGCUACUGAAGAAUGCUAGCACACAAGCAAGGUCAGAUAGAGGAAGCUUCGCUGGGGUGUGAGUGCCUCUGGUAUCUCUCUAAGUGGAUAGUGCACACCAGAUUAUUUUUCUUUUGAAACAGAUCACCAUGGUGCUACAAUAUUUUUUCUUCAAAUGCAAAGAGGCAUUUUCUGUUCCUUUUUCUUCUUCUUUGUGUGAAUAAAGUGACCUUUCCCAAGGCUGACUUACUAGCCAUUAGCCUUCGAUACCACUCUUUUAAGUGAUGAUACAUGCUAGGAUGAGAGCAGCACCGGGUGGAGAUAACUUGGUCAGAGAUGCAAAAUCUCCAGGGUGCUCCUGAUUUGCCUCCCUUUGAAAGUUUGGCAACCACUGGAGUAAACUCCCGCCAGAAAGGGACCAGGAUACUUGUCAUAGAGGGCUGUGGGUUAGGGAGAAGGAAAGGGUUAGGAAGAGCAUGUUGAACUCUGGAGUGAACGUUGAAAGCAUUGGUUUUGUAGCUCUCUUCCUUUCCAACACAGUUGAAAAGUGGAAGAAAUACCUUUAUCAGCAGGAGGAUAUGUAGGUGGACUCCCAAAGACCUUGAACUAAAUAUUUUUUU